AAACCGCGCUGUAUUUAAAAUUGAAUCGGAUUUUAAACAUUUAAAGUGUGUUUUAUUGUGCGAAAAAUCGAUAGCUUACAACAUAUACAAAAGCUAAAGCCGAUGUGUGUGUGUUGUGUGUGUUUUGUUAAACAACAAAAAAACGAACUUCAACGUCGCCGACGACGUUGCUGUGGAUAGUGCGUUGACGGGGGAGGGCAGAGCGAAAGGACCAACGCCAAGGAGGAGAGGAGCGCGCUGGCCAGCCAGAGGAAGGCGAAGCAGGCGGGGGCGCGACGCAACAGCAGCAGCAUUUAAAAGCCCUGACAAUAGCGUACAUAUUAAAAAGCAUAAAGGGCAACGAAAUACGUAACGCAAUACGGCGAUUUAGGGUGCCGACCACGUCAAGGAGGACACGGACUCAGAGCCGGACCCGGAGACGACGACGACGACUGCAGGAUACUCGAACCAGGACCAGAAACUGGACGAGACAACGAUAUGAGCGCCGCAACGACCCAAGAGUUUUGCGUGCGGUGGAACAGCCAUUUAGGUAGCAUCGGGGCUGCGUUUCCCCAGCUAUUGGCUGGUCAGCGUUUCGUCGAUGUGACCCUGGCCUGUGAGGGACACCAGGUGCAUUGUCAUCGUCUGGUAUUGGCCGCCUGCUCCACAUACUUCGAGGCCAUAUUGGCCGAGAAUCCCUGCAAGCAUCCGGUGAUCAUAUUGCCCAGCGAAAUCAAAUUAUGGGAAAUCCAGGCACUGGUCGAUUUCAUGUACAAGGGCGAGGUGAAUGUCACCCAGGCUGGUUUGGGCCAGUUGUUGCGAUGCGCCGAACAGUUGCGCAUCCGUGGACUAUAUGGCAGCGAGGCGGCAAUCAAUUACAAACAGUUGCAACAAAUGCGGCAAGAGGCAGCGGCUGCCUCAUCGGCUGUGGCGGCAGCGGCGGCCAUUGUCCAGGCGCAAUCCCAAUCGGAGUUAGUUGCCACGCCAAUGGCUGUGGCAUGUAGCUUGAAUAGCGCCGAGACCGAUGAUACGGCCACAAAUUCAACGACAUCGACAACAACAACAAGCACAACGGCAUUGUCAAUCAAACAACAGCAGCAGCAGCAGCAGCAACAGCAACAACAACAGCAACAGUUGCUACUGCAACAGCAAAAAGAACAACGACAACGCCAGCAACACCAGCAACAGACAAACGGCAGCAACACAUUGCAAUUGCUUCAGCAACAGCAACAACAACAACUGGCUGCUAACGUUGUUGCUGCCUCACUAACCGCUUCCAACAACUCAAAUGCCCCAACCGAAGAUGAUUCCGCUGACGAAGCAUCCAAUAACUGGAAUGCCUAUAGCGAACACUAUGACGAUUAUGCCAUGGCCAAUAAUAACAAGAUCAAUGCCCAGCAGCAACUGUUGCUGCAACAGGCGAGAUCUCCGAUGCAACAACAACAGUUGCAGCAGCAGCAGCAACAACAAUUGCAAUUGCAACAACAGCAACAACAACAACAACAACACCACCUGGAUUCCACCAUUGAAGACGAUCACAAUUAUGUGGCUGCCCAUGAUGAGGACAAUGAUAGCAGUUUUGCUGGCGGAGCGGGCAGCGUUGGCGGCUUAUCGUUUAGCAUUGACACCGAUCUAGAUACAUCAGCCAAUACAUCGGGGAGUGGAGGAGGCAACGGUGGCGGGGGACUUUUGCAUAGCUCCAUCGAUGGUUAUACAUCGUAUAAACGUGUCCGCCGAUCCGAAGCCUCGCUAGCCCAGGCAGCAAAAUGUGUGUCGAAGGGUGAAACAUUUCAAACGGUUAGCAAUAUGUUCAAUAUACCCGUAUCCACCAUACGCUUCUAUAUGGCCCGUAAGGGUAUAUUGCCUAAGCGAAAGCGUGGACGUGGUGCCUCCCAUGCAGGUGGCGGUGGUGGUGGGGGCGUGGGUGUGGGCGUAAUAGGCACAAUCUCAACAGCAAAUGCGACAGUUGGCAACAUGACGUCGCCUUUGGGAGGCGGCAGUGGCCCCAAUACAACCACCAGCAGCAGCAGCAGCAGUAGCACCACCACAACAACCACCUCCAGCCACCAUUUACCCUUGGAUGCCAUACAGCUCAAGAGGCUGACAAAUUCCAGUACAGCAGCUGCGGCAGCGGCAGCAGCGGCUGUUGCAACGGCGGCCAAUUCACCAGCAUUGGACAUGGCCACAACUGCGGCUGGAGUACCUUUCCAUUUGCUCAGCGAUGCGGCGGCAUUCAAGUUGAGCGAACAGCAGCAGGCGCAUAUAAUCUAACCACAUUGGACAAAAUUACCAAGAACAACAACAACAACAACACGAAAAACAAUGCAAAAAUUAUGUGAAUCGAGAGUGAGCCAAAAUUUAAUUCAAAUCUACGGACAAGUAGAAAUAUAGUGUAGGUCCAAACUGACCCCCCCCCCCCCCUUGCCACCACCUCCUCCUCCUCCUCCUACAUCUAUUCAUUGUUUAAGCAUUCAAAGACUCUUAACUUUGUUUUUGAGCUUUUAAAGCAAACCCAAAAAAAAAAAAAUGAAAAUAAUACUCUUUGCCUCCCUCCACCACAUCCACACAAUUUCACACACACACACACACACAAGCCCAAUCCCGAUCCCACCUUAUUAUCCAUUAAUUAUCACUUAAUUUUUUAUAUAUAUAUUCGCUUUUAAGAUUUUAGUAUUACAAAAACCAUCAAACAACUUUUCAUUUAAUAUACAUAUACAUAUGUAUAUGUAAUAUAUACAUAUAUAGUUUACAGAAAAGUCCCCAAAACUUCCUAUUAUAUACAUUUUUCAAUUUUUUUUU